UGAGUGCGUGUGUGUGUGAAGGAAGUGACGGGGCCACUGAAUGAAAAAAGGAGCCAAGGCAGAGAGAGAGAGAAAAAGCAGCAGCCCGCGAGGAGGAGGAGGGGGAGGGAGGACCUGGAGACCCAGCCAGGAUCGCCUUUCCACGAGCAAACCGGGAGGGCAGCAAAACUCCCCAUUCCUCUUUGGGCCGUCCUUGCUUUCGAGCCGCCUGAGGACGAGCUGUGGGUGGAAAACAGAGGGACACGAGGGACUGGGGAGAGGUUCGGAACGGGUCCCUGGACUGGGAGGAACUUGCAGGAAAAAGCUUGCAAACUUCGGGGAAAAGUUUGGAAAAGUUUGCAGAAGUUUGCAAAAGUUUGGAAAAGUUUACCAAAGUUUGCAAACUUCGAAACUGCGUUGGGAAAAGGCGCAGCAGCGUGAAGAGGGAGGGAUGCAUCGCCCAAGGAGAAGCCCGGCCCUGUGGGUCCUCUUGGCCCCCUUCUUGCUGUGCUUUCCCCAUGGAGGGGCCGCCCCCGCUGCGCUGCCGUCCGAGCUGCGCGUCCGCGUCCGUCUCCCCGACGGAGAGGUGACCGAGGAGACCCUGCAAGCCGACUCCGGCGCCGACUGCGUCACCCUUGAGCUCCGCAAAGGCGACGGCACCCUCGUCACCCUCACCGCCGACUUCAAGCAGGAGGUGAAGAUCUUCCGAGCCCUGAUCCUGGGAGAACUUGAGCGGGGACAGAGCCAAUUCCAAGCCCUCUGUUUCGUCACCAGGCUCCACCGCAAUGAAAUAAUUCCCAGCGAGUCCAUGGCAAAGCUCAGGCAGAAAAACCCACGGACAGUGCGCCAAGCGGAAGAAGUGCGUGCCCUUGAACAUCUCAGCAUGGAUGUGGCGGUCAACUUCAGCAAAGGGGCUCAGCUCAGCUCCCACAUCUAUAAUGUGUGUUCAGAGGCAAAGGAAGCCAUCUACACCCGGGAAGAGGACGUAAAGUUCUGGCUGGAGAAAGGAGUGGAUGGCUCCAUGUUUGAGGUCUUACCCCAGUCCACCGACCUGCCCGACUUGCAGCGUUGCCGACUGUGUGCUGAUCGUUGGAAACCCUGCAUCUGUAGCUAUGGGCUGAGCAUCGAGUGGUAUCCCUGCAUGCUCAAGUACUGCAAGAACCGCGAUGCAGCCGGGAAGGUCUCCUCCUACAAGUGCGGCAUCCGGAGUUGCCAGAAGGCCUACAGCUUUGACUACUACGUGCCACAGAAACAGUUGUGUCUUUGGGACGAGGAGACCUAGCAGGGUGCCUGAGUGGCCGUUUUGAUCCCAUUGGCGCUUCCCUUACGCCUUCUUGUACAGGACGCUGGGUUGCGCUUUAUCAAGAUGGCUGCUCUGAAAAAGAAGGAAAUAGCAAAAAGACCUGGAAGAGAGGGGAACAGGCAAGACUCCAUUCUGUGAAGUCUCCAUGUGAGUCUGCCCAUCUCCGAGUCUAUGCAACUGGUGGCUCUCCCCAGACUUUUGGACACCAGCUUUAUUCACCUGUGAAUUUUUGUCAAAGAACAAAGUGACCUGUUAAUGUGAGGGCUGUGUUUUGUCAUUAACUCAGCAGGCACUGCUGAAAUGUCAGAACCAGCCCAAAAUGUAUUUUCCCAUCAGCCAUCUUGACUGUCUGGAUAACCAAAAAGUCUAAAUGUGACCCAUUGCUGCUUCAUUUAAUAUAGAAAACUAAGGAAAGAAAAUGGAAGGAAUAUAUUGGGUGAGAUUGAUAACAUAAUGCCUCUGAGUAUAAGACUCUAUGAGUGUUUUUUUGGAUUCAUCGGUGGAGGAAUACCAACUUUCAUCUAGAUUUAAGCAGAUGAGGUUGAAUCAUGUGCUGGAUGUCAUCCAACCACUAAAGGGAGACAAAGAGUCAGGAUAAAAUGGAUGUUCCUCAGCAGAAGUCCAUGACUCUUAGCUAUCAUAGCUGGCAUCAAACUAGAAGAAAGGAUUCUCUAACGUUAUACUCUUUGGUUGCAUAAUAUUUCCAGGAUGAAUGUGGAAUCUCUACUCUUCUGGGGCAAGUGUUCUUCAAUGGCAACAUCACCAGACUCUAUACAAAACAGUACUUAUUUAUUGGAAUGAAUGCUUGUUAUGACCACUGCAGUAUCUAGCAGUUGUGACUGAAUAUAAAGUAUCACAUAACCCAUACUCCACUGGAGGAACAACUGAAUGAAUGUCAUUGAGCUCCAUCCCUGAUUUGUCAGGAGCCCUGCAUCUUGGUUCUAGCUGGUCCUCCCCAAACGGAGAAUGUACCAAUCAUGUCCUGGUUUUAAUGUCUUGUUUUCUGAGUUUCCUUACAUGUUUUAGGAGGUAAACAUUGCCACUGAAAACCA